CUGUAAUGUCUCUUUUUCAUUUUUUUUAUUAAAAUAAAUAUUUUGGCCGUUCCUGAGGGCUCGAAACAGACAUUGACAAGAAAGCAAAUCUAAGUCCUCUCUAUCUACUCUCACUUGUUUACAAUCUUAGGCUGUCCAAAACGAGACACCCAGAUUAAACUGAAGCAUUGAGAAGCUAAGUUUUGAAGGUCUUUUUGGAAGUGGGUUUUUGAGCUCAUCAUCAAUUAUCUGAGGUAGGACUAUUGUGAUAUUAUUCAUUCUUUUUUUCUUUUUUUUUUUUCUAGCAAAGGAAUACCAAAAUCUUUGCUUUUGGUAUAGAGAAUUAGUAAAAAGAAAGAAAAGUUUUUUUUGCCCUUUAUGGUUAUUAUAAUGAGGGACUUUCCAUCUUGUUUUGGUGAAAACGGUGUUCAAGUAGCUGAUUCAUCAUCGUCAACUGCAGCUAAAGCUGCUCAAAACUUGGUGACUUGUGUUUAUCAUUGUAAAUUACAUGGUCGUUCAUGCUUAAUUACGGUUACAUGGACCAAGAAUCUGAUGGGUCAAGGCCUUAAUGUUGCAAUUGAUGAUUCAACCAAUCAAUGUUUAUGUAAAGUUGAUAUAAAACCCUGGCUGUUCUCUAAGAGAAAAGGAUCAAAGAAUUUAGAUGUAGAUUCUGGUAAAAUUUAUAUAUGUUGGGAUUUGUCUAAUGCUAGAUUUGGUUCUGGGCCUGAGCCAGUUGAAGGAUUUUACUUGGCUGUUGCAUUUGACUAUGAAAUUGUGUUACUUCUUGGGGAUUUGAAAAAGGAAGCAUGCAAGAAGAUUGACACUAGUGCUCCUCCUCUCAAUUUAGAUGCUGUUUUUAUUGCAAAGAGAGAGCACAUUUUUGGGAAGAAGUUUUAUAGUGCCAAGGCUCAGUUUUAUGACAAGGGACAGAUGCAUGAUGUCAUUAUCGAGUGUGACACCAUCGAUCUUAGGGAUCCAUUUCUUGUUAUCCGCAUUGAUGGUAAGACGGUGAUGCGGGUCAAGCGGCUCAAUUGGAAGUUCCGUGGCAACCAUACCAUUUUGGUGGAUGGACUGCCAGUGGAAGUGUUUUGGGAUGUGCACAACUGGCUAUUUGGCAAUGCGAUGGGCAAUGCUGUUUUCAUGUUUCAAACUUGCCUCUCUGCUGAGAAAUUGUGGGCAAGUCAGUCUAUUUUUGAUCCAUCUGUAUUGACAUGGUCUUCCUCUCAAAAGUUUAGAGAUCACCAAGUACAGGGUCUUGGUUUUUCAUUAAUAUUGUAUGCUUGGAAGCAUGAAUAGAAAUGUAAAUUUUCACUU